AGCUACGAAGAUGUCUAGCAUUUGAAUCUUAGAAGGCACUCUGAGCCUCCAUGUAUUCGCCUGGCCCCUCUCUAUCUUCUUGUUGUUCUUCUGUGUGGCUGUCUUACCAUCUCCCAUCUGACCUCCUCUCAGUUCCCUCUGCCCACACUGGAGCCUGGAUGUGGCCCAUGAGGAUGAAGCAUUCAUUCUCCAGGCUUACUCCACUGACAUGGCCACUUAUCCCUCUUCUAGAAACACUGGUGCAAUCGAUGGUCAAAAACCUUGAGAAGCAGCUUGAAACUCCAGCAAAGAAGCCUGCUGGAGGAGUCAGUGUGUUCUUAAGGCCCAACAUUGCCCUGCAGAUGUCUUCCGUGCCAGGAAGGAAGCCUCAGCUUUCUGAAGAUGAGAGUGACUUAGAGAUCUCUUCCCUGGAAGAUCUCUCAAAGGACCUGGACCAGAAGGAGAAGCCAAAGCCCUUGUCCUGCUCAAAACUCCCAGAAGUUUGAUGAUGCUUCUUGGAGUUCUGGUCGACCCAGGGUUCCUGACUGGUGAUCCUGUUCAGGGUUGCCAGAGGGCUUAGCCUUGUUACCUGGGUGGGGCCAGCGUGAGCUUCAUUCCAACAGAAGAGGCUGACAGGUGUCUUGCCUUCCCCAGGAGCCAAAUAAACUUCCCCUUGAGACAAGCAAAGCAGCAGACAGAUACGCUUUUGUAGGCGCAUGGACCUCAGAGCGCCAGCUGCUGGCUGGCGCCGGGCCUUGCUGCGCUGUGGCGGGUGCGCGCCGCCUUGCUGUGCUGAUCCCUGGCUCUCCGCGGCUACCGAAGCUGGCUCCUCUGGUGGGACGCUAUCAGCUGCCGGGUGAGGUUCCGUUCCAGUCUCAGGCGGUUGCUCCCUCUAAGUUUCGCGAUCCGUUGGCCACCGGAUUGCGAGGGGAGGUGCAGGAACGGCGAAAGCAAGACCUUCGCGAGCAGUUGAUGGAAG